AUGGCCAGGUUAUGUGGAAAGACUAGAACAUUACCUCACAGCCAACAGAUUAGACGAUGCAGACAAGAGGCAAGCGAUACUAUUAAGCAUUGUUGUUCCAAAGAUAUACAGGGUGCUUUGAAGUUUUUCACCAGUGAAACCAAGCAAAGAAUGAUUGCUGAGCUGAUCAACCAAACCAGGCAACCAGGAGAGUCAGUCGCGCAGUUUAAGACUGAGUUGCAACGGUUAGCAGAACGCUGUGAAUUUGGUGCAUUUCUGAACGAAAUUCUACGUAACCACCUUGUUGUCAGCUUAUCAAAUGACUGCAUACAGCGACGCCUCUUGGCAGAGAAGACUCUGACCUUUGUGAAAGCUUGCGAACUAGCGUUGGCGCGAGAGACUGCAAAACAGAAUGCGGAUGAAAUUAGACAAGAGGAGAGGGCAGCCAUAGCAGCAAAGGUGGAGGGAACGGUUCACAAGUUGCCUGCAACAGUAUCAGAACCAGGAGGGAACGUCAGAUCAUCAAAACAAGAUACCUGUUGCAACUGCGGGAGAGUUGGGUACGUGAAACAAGCAUGCCAGGCUCAUGGCAGUAAGGAAGUCAAGACUCCACAUGCACAAGGGGAUGAAGUGAGAGUGAAAGGGAAACUCAGAGUGGAGAUGAAAACCCCACAUAAUCAGAGAUUGUUUCUGAUAUUGAUAGUCAUGGAGGGCAAGGGACCCAGUCUAAGAGACUGGCUACGACAUGUGAGAGUAGGGCACGCUAUUUACCAAAUGGAAGAGGCGAAGAAAGGGUUUGAAGUUGACCAAGUAUUGAACGAAUUCCAUGAAGUUUUUACUGAAGAGCCGAGAGAGCUGAGACGAGUUAAAGGAAUUGAAGUGGAACUUUUUUGCCUAACCAAGGCAGGGAUUAUUGAACCUAUCCAGUAUGCUGAUUGGGCAGCUGCCAUAGUUCCGAUGUUGAAGGACGAGAGGAGAGCCAGGAUACGUGGAGGUUACUGUUCGACAAUUUUUUCCAGACUGAUUGGAGGUCAGGCUUUUACAACACUCGAUGUAGACAGAGCCUAUCAACAGCUCAGAUUAGACACAGCAUCGCAGGAAUUUGUCACAAUCAAUACACAUCAGCGAUUCAGGAGAGCAAUGGAGACUCUCUUGCAGAAAAUACCUGGUGUGGUGGUAUAUCUGGAUGAUACACUCAUCACUGGAAGAACAACACAAGAACAUCUCCAGAAUUUGGAGAAUGUACUCAGGAAGCUCCAGGAGGCUGUGCUUUGGCUGAACAGGAAGAAAUGCAAAUUUCUUAUAGAAAAGGUAGUCUAUUUGGGUCAGGUCAUUGAUGCUGAUGGUUUACACCCAGACAAAGAGAGGUUCAGAGCCAUUACAGAUUCUCGAAACCUGAAAAAUCUGUGUGAUGAUGGAGUGGAACACCAGGUUGCAUUUGCAUCCCAGACUUUGUCACCAGCUGAGAAAAAAUAUGCACAAAAUGGACAGCGAGGGAUUGGUAAUCAUGUUCGUAUUGAAGCGAUUUCAUCAGUUUUGUUUGGUAGAACAUUCAUUCUAGAAACUGAUCAUAAACCACCAUUUGAGAAUGUUAGGAGAGUCAACCCAAUUGUUACCAAUGGCAUCAGCCCGAAUACAGAAAUAGACAACUAUCCUCUUGCUAUCACUAUCAACUGA